GUAAUUUGGUCUGCGCGUGCAAAUCAUAGUUUUUUGUUCCGGAAGAGGUCUUUUGAGCUUUCUGCUGUGCUCGCUUGCGGUUCGGUCGUAAUCGCUAAGGUCAAUCUUUUUGACAAGCCAAGUUUCCUCGCACUUGAAACAAAAUGAGUGUACCGGCUGGAGAUGCUGAGAAGGGAAAGAAGGUGUUUGUGCAAAAGUGUGCACAAUGUCACACAGUCGAGAAGGGAGGAAAGCACAAGGUUGGACCUAACCUGAAUGGCCUCAUCGGCAGAAAGACAGGUCAAGCCGCUGGGUUCUCCUACACGGACGCCAACAUCAGCAAAGGUAUCACCUGGAAUAAGGACACAUUAUUCAUUUACUUGGAGAACCCCAAGAAGUACAUCCCCGGGACCAAGAUGGUGUUUGCUGGAAUCAAGAAGCCACAAGAGCGAGCUGAUCUUAUCGCCUACUUAGAGCAGGCUACAAAGUAGAAGAAUAAUAAUUGAACAUGUGUAGGAAAAGUUUACAGACAUUCGUGUCAACCACAACCAGCAGGGCUAAUAUUGAUGAAACUGUAUUAGGAUCUUAUCAUUUUGCUGUAUUAUAUAUAUUUAUUUUCUGUAUAGUAAAUUAUUCUUUUAUCUAAGGUGUGUUUAAAUGUAAAACUAUUCCAAAGAAAUAGGAAUGCAGUAUUCCUACAUACAUUCUAUUAAUGUUCCAAGUAAAAAUUUAAACAAGUUUUUGACAUAGAAGUAGAGGCAAUGAAACUAUUAAUUCUCUGUUAUUAAAUAACUGCCACAUUAUGACAUUAUGAUUUUCUAUGAAAAUUAUGUGUUAAUAAAAUGUUACUCUGUUAUUGUCAAACAAAA